AUGGAUGAUAGUGAAGCUCGUAAGAAGAGACUCGAGGAGUUGAAACAACAGAGUCUCGAUAUGGAGCGUGAGGCACAAGAGAGAGAGAAACGUGCAGAGGAGCGAAGAAAAAAGAGAGAGGAGGAAUUGAGACUGCUGCAAGAACAAGAGAAGAAAGACGAGGAGGAACGACAGAGAAAGAGAGAUGAACGUAGACGUCUGAGAGAAGAGGAAGACAAGAAGCUAAAGGAAGACAUGCUGCGAUUGGAGGAAGAGAGAAAACAGCGACAGUUGCAACGUGAGAACAAAGACGGUGCAACUUCGCCUGCCAUUCCCGCUGGUGCUGUCGAUGAAGACGAUCCCGAGUUAAAGAAGAUCCGUGAGGAAAGAGAGAAGCGAUUGGAAGAGAAGAGAAAACAACGUGAGGAAGCUCAGAAAUUGAUUGAACUCGAGGAGAAGAAGAUAGCAGAGGAGCGUGAGAAACGCAGAGAGGAGAGAAACAAACAACUCGAGGAGGAAAAGUCAAAGUUAGACAAUGAACUAAAGAGAAAAGAAGAAGAGAAAGCUGCUGCUGCUGCUGUCAAACAGAAAGAAGAGGAAGAAGCAGCUGCAGCCAAAGCUAAAGAGGAAGCUGAUCGAUUAGAGAAAGAACGUUUGGAAAAAGAAAAACAAGCAACAGAAGCAGCCAAAGAAGAAGCCGAUCGUCUUGAGAAAGAGCGUUUGGAGAAAGAGAAGGAAGCAGAAGCAGCAGCAGCAUCAGCCAAGGCAGAAGCAGACAGACUCGAGAAAGAACGUUUAGAGAAAGAGAAGGAAGCCGCUGCUAAAGCAGAAGCAGACAGACUCGAGAAAGAACGUUUGGAAAAAGAGAAGGCAGCCAAAGAAGAAGCAGAUAGUCUUGAGAAAGAACGUUUGGACAAAGAAAAGGCAGCCAAAGAAGAAGCUGAUAGACUUGAGAAAGAGAAGGAAGCCGCAGCAGCAGCCAAAGCAGAAGCAGAUAGACUUGAGAAAGAACGUUUGGACAAAGAAAAGGCAGCCAAAGAAGAAGCUGAUCGUCUUGAGAAAGAGAAGGAAGCCGCAGCAGCAGCAGCCAAAGCAGAAACAGAUAGACUCGAGAAAGAGAAAUUGGCAAAAGAAGAGGCUGAUAGAUUGGAGAAAGAAAAGGAAGCAGCCGCAGCAGCAACAGCCAAAGCAGAAGCAGACAGACUUGAGAAAGAGCGUUUGGAAAAGGAGAAGGCUGCCAAAGAAGAAGCUGACAGAUUGGAGAAAGAACGUCUGGCAAAGGAGAAAGCAGAUAAAGAAGAAGCCGAUCGUCUUGAGAAAGAAGCAGCCACAGCCGCAGCAGCCAAAGCCAAGGAGGAAGCUGACAGAUUGGAGAAGGAGCGUUUGGAUAAAGAAAAAGCAGAAGCAGCUAAAGUAGAAGCAGAUCGUCUUGAGAAAGAACGUUUGGAGAAAGAGAAAGAAGCAGCGGCAGCCAAAGCCAAAGAAGAAGAAGCCAGACUUGAGAGAGAGAAGGUAGCAGCAGCUAAAGCUGAGGUUGACAGAUUGGAGAAAGAGCGUUUGGCAAAAGAGAAAGCAGAUAAAGAAGAAGCUGAUCGUCUUGAGAAAGAGAAGAAAGAGAAGGAAGCAGCCGCAGCAUUAGCAGCCAAAGCAGAAGCAGAUAGACUUGAGAAGGAACGUUUGGAAAAGGAGAAGGCAGCCAAAGAAGAAGCUGAUCGUCUCGAGAAAGAACGUUUGGCAAAAGAGAAGGAAGCCAAAGAGGAAGCCGAUCGUCUUGAGAAAGAGAAGAAAGAGAAGGAAGCAGCCGCAGCCGCAGCAGCAGCAACAGCCAAAGCCAAGGCAGAAGCCGACAGAUUGGAGAAGGAACGUUUGGAGAAAGAAAAGGAAGCAGCAACCAAAGCCAAGGCAGAAGCAGAUAGACUUGAAAAGGAACAAGCUGCUGCUAAAGCCAAGGAAGAAGCCGAUCGUCUUGAGAAAGAAAGGCCGAAAGACAACCAACCACAAAGAUCACCGAUGCUUUCAAACUCACCAUUGAGAAACAAUUGA